UAGUUUCGGGAAUUGGAUUGGGGAGGAGGAUGAAUGCUAGUAUAGCAACCCCAAAAUUGUGAAGGAGCAAAUGGCGAAGCAAAUGAUGCGGUGUUUGAUAUCAAUUCCACGCAUUUCUAGAGCGCUGUCUCCUCCUCCUGCCGCUUACCUUACUCUCCGAGCUCAGAGAAGCUUAGCCACUGACACUGCUGAUACUUUUAGCGAUGGUCGUAUGAUGCAGAAGAAGAAGAAGCAGCAGAAGAGUGAGGAAAAGAAGAAAGCAGAGUUGCUGGCAGUAAAGAGGAAGAAGGAGAAGAGGAGAACUCGUUCUGAGAAAGAAUUUGGCUCCACCAUUUCCUUCGAGUUUCACAGUAAUGAAAAUCAUAUCCCUGUUAUGCUUGGUGAAGUUGUUGACGUUUUUUCCUCAGUGUACCUCCGUUCUUUCGUGGAUUGUACUCUUGGAGCUGCCGGCCAUUCCUCCGCCAUAAUCCAGGCUCAUCCUGAGUUGGAAAAUUAUGUGGGGAUGGAUGUUGAUCCAGUUGCACAUGCCAAGGCUCGAGCUUGCAUUGAUGCUCUUUUGCACUCUCAUUCUCACUUGAAAGCACAAACAUUUAUCAGGAAUUUCAAGCAUAUCAAAUCUUUACUUGCUGAUGUUGAUCCACGUCUCUUGCAUUCUGGGGUGGAUGCCAUCUUAAUGGACCUUGGAAUGUCAUCCAUGCAGGUCAAUAAUCCUGAAAGAGGGUUCAGUGUUCUUGCUAAUGGGCCUCUUGACAUGCGCAUGGAUCCUCAGGCUACUCUGAAAGCAGAAGACAUAUUAAAUUGCUGGCCUGAUGCUGAAGUGGGUCGAGUCCUAAGGGAGUAUGGGGAAGAAAGCAAUUGGCGUUUGCUUCAGAAUAAGAUUGUUCAGGCUCGGGUACAUGGUGGUUUGCAUUCCACUGGUGAUCUGGUAGAUCUUGUCCGCAGUGCGACUCAUGGGAGAGGCGGGAGGCAAGGUUGGAUAAAGACAGCAACAAGGGUGUUUCAAGCUCUGAGGAUAGCUGUUAACGAUGAACUCAACACUCUGGAAAAAUCUCUUAAUGCUUGUUUUGAGAGCCUUGCACCUGGGGGAAGGCUUGCUGUGAUCUCUUUCCACAGUUUGGAAGAUAGAAUUGUGAAACAAACAUUUCUCAGCAUGAUCGAAAUCGAUAGAGGAGAUGGAGAUGUGGACGUUGAAGAGAGAGGUGAGAGAGAUAUAAGAAAGACCAAAGAUGAGAAUAAUGCAAAGGAAACGUGGAUUAGAUCAAUGGUACAUGGUCGGAAUGGAACAAUCCUGACCAAGAGACCCAUAACCCCAUCAGAAGAGGAAGAAAAAUUGAAUGUCCGGAGCAGAAGUGCCAAACUCCGGGUGAUUGAGAAAGUUUAAUAAUAGAUUUGAUUUGCAAAACUUCUAAUUAUUCAUAGUCUCCUGCGUUUGUCUAAUCAUAUUCCAUGUUCAUCUUUUUGUGGAAAUUGCAUUCUCUGAUUAUUAUGGUGUCUAAACAAUGCCAAGCUGAGAUUAGAUGAUGCCAUUCUUUUCUUCAUCAGAGACAAGAGCAUAUAAUAUAUCCUAAUUUACUUGAA